CAGAGGGAGGAGGGGGGAGGGCAAUACCAGCUGAAUUUCUUUUAACUGGAUUGUGGCUUCCAACUUGUGCUCUGCAGGCGUGGAAAAGUUCAUUGUACAUCAGCUAAACCUUGUCAGCAAAACAGUUUUCUGUGCUUUAGACUUAGAAAGGUAAAAUGACACUGCUACAAAAUCUUCAGCUGAAAAUCGACCCUAAGGAUCUUCAGAUCAGGACUAUAACAGUGGAAAGGUUGCUUGAACCACUGAUUAUACAGGUCACAACUUUGGUGAAUUGUCCUAAAAAUCCAUCCAACAAGAAAAAAGGCUGCUCUAAGAGGGCCAAGGUGCUGUUGAAGUCAGUGGAAGAAGCUACUUUAAAUUUAAUUGAUAAGGGGGAAAUGAUAGCAAAGGAGACUGUGGUAUUGAAGGAUGAGCUGACUGCAGCUGUGAAGGAGGUACAGAGAGAAAGUCACUCCUUGACUUGGACAGCUAAAGAGUUCACAGAUGAUCCAUGUUGUCUGUCCAAACGAGAGGCUGUGGUUCAAGCUGCUCGUACUCUACUAGCUGCGGUUACAAGACUCCUCAUCCUUGCUGACAUCAUAGAUGUCAUCUAUCUGUUAGAACAUCUGAGUACUGUUCAGAAAACAUUUGAAAUUCUCAGAACUUCAUCCAACAAGAUUGAUCUGAAAAAAGCAUACCAACAAUUUGGAAAGGAGCUAAAUGUAUUGGAUAAUCUGGCCCAUAAGAGACAACAGGAUCUCAAGUCCCCUGAUCAACGUGAUGAGAUGGCAAGUGCCCGGGGACUACUGAAGCAAAAUUCGUCUCUUCUAUAUUCAACCUCUUCAGCUUGCCUGGAACACCCUGAUGUUGCUUCCCUGAAAGCCAGUAAGGACUCUAUCUGUAAUGAAAUACAGGACGCCUUUACUGCCAUUUCAAAUGCUGCCCAGGGCAUUGGGCAAGCCAAAGUUCAACCCAUGUCAACUUCUGGGACUCUUGGGGGAGCACUUGACGAGUUGGAGAGUGUGAUUGUGAUUGAUCCCUUAACUGUAAAUGAGGAUAAUAUCAGACCCGCUCUUGAAAAGCGACUGGAAGCCAUUAUCAGCGGAGCUGCUCUGCUGGCUGACUCCUCCUGCACACGUGAUAUUCACCGUGAGCGAAUUAUCACUGAGUGCAAUGUGGUGCGACAGGCUCUUCAGGAACUCCUCUCAGAGUACAUUGGUAACGCAGGGAUGAAGGAACGAAGCAAUCCUCUGAACAAUGCAAUUGAUAACAUGUGCAAGAGGACAAGAGAUCUUCGCAGACAAUUGAGAAAGGCGAUCAUAGAUCACAUCUCCGACUCCUUUCUGGACACAACUGUCCCACUUCUGGUCCUCAUUGAAGCAGCUAAAAAGGGAAAAGAAAAGGAAAUCAAAGAAUAUGCAGCUAUUUUUAGAGAACACGCCAACAAGCUGAUGGAGGUAGCUAACCUUGCCAGCUCCAUUUCGACAAACGACGAUGGGGUCAGGAUUGUUCAGAUGGCUGCAAGCCGAAUUGAGACUCUGUGCCCUCAGGUUAUUAAUGCUGCCUUGGCCCUGGCAUCAAAACCCAAAAGUCAGGCUGUGAAGCAAAAUAUGGAGGUGUAUAGACAAGCCUGGGAGACCCAUGUGCGGCUCUUAACUGAAGCAGUGGAUGACGUCACCAGCAUUGAUGACUUCCUUGCAGUAUCAGAGAGCCACAUUCUUGAAGAUGUGAACAAAUGCAUCAUUGCCCUUCGGGAACAUGAUUUUGAAAACCUUGACCGUUCAGCAGGUGCAAUCCGAGGUCGAGCUGCUAGAGUGGCCCAUGUGGUGACUGGAGAGAUGGACAAUUAUGAGCCGGGUGUUUACACAGAUGGAGUGAUGAAAAACGUCAAUUACCUCACAGAGAAUGCUAUUCCAGAAUUUGUUACUCAAGUCAGCAAAGCCAUGGACGCUCUGAACACAGGACAAAUGCAUCAGUUUGACGACAACCUCUUUGUUGAUGUCUCCAAAAAGGUUUAUGACUCAAUCCAUGAUAUCAGGUGCUCGGUUCUGAUGAUACGGACCCCAGAAGAACUAGAAGACCUGUCUGAUUUAGAAGAGGAAUAUGAAAGUCGCAGCCGCACUAGUGUCCAGACAGAUGGAAAAACAGACAGGGCAAAGAUGACACAACUACCAGAGUCUGAAAAGAUAAAGAUAGCUGAACAAGUUGCAGAUUUUAAAAAGGUGAAGAGUAAGCUGGAUGCUGAAAUUGAAAUCUGGGAUGACACAAGCAAUGAUAUAAUUGUCCUUGCUAAGAAGAUGUGCAUGAUUAUGAUGGAGAUGACAGACUUCACCAGAGGUAAAGGUCCACUGAAGCACACAUCAGAUGUAAUCAAUGCUGCCAUGGUGAUUUCUGAGGCUGGCUGUAGGAUGGAUGUGUUGGCGAGACAGAUUGCUAACCAGUGCCCUGAUCCAUCUUGCAAACAUGAUUUGCUGGCUUACCUGGAACAAAUCAAACUUUACUCACAUCAGCUGAAGAUCUGCAGUCAGGUGAAAUCAGAGAUUCAGAGUCUUGGAGGAGAGCUCAUUACUUCAGCACUCGACAGUGUUACAUCCCUCAUUCAAGCUGCCAAAAACCUUAUGAAUGCUGUGGUCCAGACUGUAAAGAUGUCCUACAUAGCGUCUACAAAAAUAAUACGUAUUCACAGCCCCACUGGGCCCCGGCACCCUGUGGUCAUGUGGAGAAUGAAAGCCCCUGAAAAGAAGCCUUUAAUAAAAAAAGAGAAACCAGAAGAAGCUUAUGCAGUUGUCAGGAAAGGCUCCACCAAAAAGAAAAUUCACCCAGUCAAAGUUAUGAGUGAGUUUAGAGGAAGGCAAGUGCAGUAAAAAUCUUGAAAUGAACAACGUUUUUGAUGUUUUAUCAGAUUGCAGUAAGAGAAUAAUUUUAAAUGGCUCAUAUAACUCCCAUUGGUUUAUGUAAAAAAAAAUACUGUUGUUUGCUUUAAAAUUUUGAAAGAUCUGUUCAUUUGUUCAUUUGUAAAACACUCUAUGGGGACUUAAAUUGAAUGUAUUUAUGUAGGCCAAUACAGCCCCUGGAGUAAAACCUAAUUUAAAAUGAUGCAUAGCACACAUAAAUAAAUAAAUGAAUA